UAGCCUCGGUCGUAGAUGUUUAAGUUGUCAGGUUAUACAAAUGUUCUCACAAUGUCAAUUACGAACAAUAACGUAAGAAGUGUUACAGUCACUGGGUAACAACAUAUUUAUUAGACGUGUGGGGAUAAGGUCCAAAUAAAUGACGUGGGCCAUCACGAACGAUGACAAAAAUAAUCAACAUGACCCACGGCCAAACUACGGUAUUAACAGGGCAACUACAUGCUAGCCACACGAGUUCCGCGUAACCCCGCUGUGAUGACAGAAAGCAGCGUGACCGAUGUGCGUAUGUGUACGCGUGUGUGUGAUGGUUUCUGAGAUGUCAGUGUGUUUCCUGUGCCUUGAGUCAAUGUUGAGGUGACAGACGAGGCGCAACAUGAUCAUUAUUGACUAGUGGAGUCUCACUCCUCCACCCCGGUUGAUUGCAACUGACCCGAGGAACCCUUACAAAUUAACUCCAAAGAGAAUGUAGUUCCUUGAACUAUUUUGUUUUUAUCAUCUUAUUGUACAACUCUUAUUUAAUUUGGCUAUUUUUCUUUCUUUUUUGAAAUGAUAUCCUCAGUGUUGGUUUGGAUGGUGAUGAUGCGACUCCUUCCAAUUGGCCAGAGUUGUAGCGAGGAGACUCUGACGAACUUUAACCAAACGAAUUGUGACAUCUGUCCUCCUGGCUAUCACGCGUCGGAAGCCAUGGCCGGCGGAUACCAAUGCAAGAGGUGUGAGCGCCACACCUUCACCGCAAUAAAAAACUACGUGUCCAAGUGCGAGAGAUGCUCCACGUGUGAUGGAAAUGGCAUGAACGUGUUAACGGAAUGCGUCUACAACAGGGAUGCUUUGUGUGUAUGCCAAGAUGGAUGGUUCCCCAAUUACUUUAUGAACAAAUUGCAAAACUGCUUCCCUUGUUCCGGGCUCCGAAGGGAUGCUGACAUAAGGAAAGAAUGUAUUCGGACGCCACCUGAACCAAGGAAUCUGAACCAGGGUCAGAAGUCAACCUCCGCCACCAUCCUCAUAACCUCUACGGGGCAUGGCCGAUCAGAGGGGAGAUUAGAGCCAUCAAGACCCAGCCCCAGCCCACCAACUGAGCAGGCAAACAACAACACCAUGCUGAUGGUUGUGAUAGUGGCGGUGGUGGCGGCGGCGGUGGCCUUUCUGAUCUGUAACUGGUUAACAGCCGUGGCCCGCAUCCUGUACCGCACCCGACUGCCUGUGGCCAGCGAUGACCCGGAGUCCAAUUCCCUGGGUUGGAGGUUGACCGCUCAAGAGAAUCACCGUCCCAGCAACAUGACUCUUCAUGCGUGUGAGGAGGCUCCGGCGAUGCUGAUCUCUCAGGGCCUGAUGGCAGCCUACCCCAGCCACCAACAACCCCUGCUGAGGCCCAUGGAGGCUCCUGCAUCAGCCCUCCCCCUGACCUCCUGCCCACCCCCACUUACCCUUCCUCCGAGCUUGCCCCCGGGGGAGCGCUGGCCCCCGGCCGCCCUGUACGCCCUCAUCCAGGAGGUGCCGCUGCGGCGCUGGAAGGAGCUGCUCCGUCACCUGGGCGUGGCCGAGCAGCAGAUGGAGCGGGUGGAGGUGGAGGCCGGCGCCGCCUGCCUGGGCUCCAGGGAGAGGCAGUACCAGAUGCUGCGGCUCUGGACCCAGCGGCCCGCGUCCGCCCUGCCCGAGGUGUACGCCGCGCUGCAGCGCAUGGAGCUGGCCGGCUGCGCCCAGCUGCUCCGGGAGCGCCUGGGGGCCCUGGGGGGGGCGGGGGGGCAGAGUGAAGGGCCGGUCCAGGAGACCAUGGGGCUGGACGGGGGGGGCAGUGUGAAGGGCCCCUCAUGGAGACCUAGGGACUGGACGGGGGGGGCAGUGUGAAGGGCCAUGGGGCUGGAGGGGGGGGGGGGGGGCAGAGUGAAGGGCCCCUCCGCGAGACCAUGAGGCUAGGGGGGGGGGGGGGGGGGCUUCCAAAGGUCUACAUGACACCCAGUCCAAGUUGAUUACACAUUUGAACACGGACAAAAUGGCCGGUUUGCUCCUGAAGUUGGAAGCGCCACGUUGGGCUCUGGUCACUGCAGUGGGGGCUCAGCCAGGACUAGUCAAACUGGAAGUGAUUAUAGCCCUGAUUGGAAGUUCUCCUUGUGUUGACGUUAAAGCACUCGCACACUGAUCAAAUGUCUACAAGUAGAACCUGGCAAUGAAUGUAGGGAAUUUAUUUAUUCAGUUUUUCACCGCCCUAUGUGAAAUGUAGUUAUUUAGUAGUGAGUUACCUACUGUUUGAAAUUGGCCUACACCUUUGAUAAUGUGUAUUCAGUCAGUCAAUAUUCACGAAGAAUUUGUCUUUGUGAAAAAGUAAUUCAUUUGUUAUAGUUAUAUUAUAUUUAUAUGUCUGUCCAUAUUGCUCAUUUUUCUUGGCUAAAGGAUAGAGCGAUACAGCGUUAAUGCAUGGUAAUACCCGCUUUCUCACUGGGACAAUCCGUCGGCCAUGAGAACACACUAUGAGUGCUGGUCAAGACCGGAUGCUCAUCAGUAACUCAUAGCAAUACAAAUCGUACUGACUUUAAUUUAUUGAGGUUUUAUUUAGAUUUUUGAGCGCCUUUUCGGUUGAUUGUUUGAGGGACCUGCACCUGCUGUUUGCACUGCACAAGGAACAAGGGGGUCGAUUGGUAGAUUGUUGUAUUUAAACAAUGCUAAUGCCCAGUUUGACCAAGAAACUGCUUUAGGUGCUUUAAGAAAUGCCCCUUAACCCACUUUGAAAUCAUUGAGCAUCAAUGGAAAAGGGUUUUCAUCUUAAAGUGACAACAGAAGUAGUGCUUUCUGGUUCUUUGAUAAUGUGUAUUAUUCAGUCCAUUUUCAGUAUUUAUCUUUACAUGUAUGCAAUUGAGAAACCUCCAUUAUACAACCUUUUUAGAUGUGUGUGAUAACAAUAAUUCACAUACAUGUUCUCAUCAGAAUCCAUUUGUUUGAGGUUCAGUCCAGACAUUUGUGGUCUUGCUGUUACGUUGCCGUACCUUAUGUUGAAAUGUCUUAUAACAAAUUGGUUUAUGCUUUUAUAGUUUCCUCCAAAUUAUGAAAUGUCUAUUUUUCUAUUUCACAUCUCUCGUUUUUGUAAAACAUCAUAGAAUGUCUUAUUUAUUGAAUGUCAUUGUUUAUUAAAAAAUAUACACGGAA